UAAGGAGAAAGGUAUAAAUGGAAAAACAAAAGCAAAAAAACAGACGAAUGGCUCUCGCAAAAAAACAGAAAGAGGCCAAAGAAAAACUCCAGCCAUUGAGAGAUUUGCUCUGUGACCCAAGUUCCUCGUUUGAAGACUUGUCUGAGCUGCUUCACAAAUGCAAAUUAACUUAUGAACAAUACUUGGAUUGUGUCUUCAAUUUAAGCAAUGGCCAUGUCAUCCUCUUAAAGCGUGAACCUAAUGACUGCUGGGUGAAUGCAUACAAUGCAGAUCUGCUGAGGGCCUGGAAUGCCAACAUGGACAUCCAAUAUGUCAUUGAUGACUACAGCUGCCUGAUGUACAUGAUGUCUUAUGUCUCUAAACCCGAAUUUGAGAUGACACAAUUUCUUAAUGGAGUCAUCCAGGAGGUCAAAAAGUCCAAUGUCAAUGAAAGAGAUGAAAUGAAACAGAUAAUGCAGGCAUAUGCUAAACACAGAGAAGUCAGUGCCCAAGAAUCCGUGGCAAGGACAUGCAGCCUGCCACUAAAAAAGUGUUCACGCAGUGUGGUGUUCAUACAGACUGAUGAUGAUGCCCUGAAAAUGAGUCUCCUGAUGAGCAGGUUGCAGAGCAUGGCACCAGAUGAUGAAAAUAUGUGGAUGUCUGGAUUGCCAGAAAAAUAUGCAAACAGACCCAGAACACCUGAGUUUGAAAGAAUGUGUUUGGCUGAAUUUGCUUCAGAGUACAGGAUUCUCUACAGCCGUCAGAGUCAAAAAAUGCCAUCCCUCUUUUGAAUAACAUGGGUUAUAUUCAAAAGAGAACAAGAGGGAAACCUGCAAUAAUCAGAUAUCCUUGGUUCUCAGAAAAGAAACAACCAGAGAAGUUUUAUAGCAGACUACUAAAACUUUAUUUUUCACAUCGAUCAAAUGAUGACCUUAAAACACAAAAUACCCCACAUCCAAACAGUUCUACAAAAGUGGACGAAAACAUGGUUUUGCAGUACGGCCAAUUGUUACCUUUAACAAAAAGCGUUAUGAAAGCCAUGGCAAAACAAUGGAAAGGGCACUGGAACAGAUUGAACAACAAGGCCCACUUAUCAAUGCAUGGAACACCUUUGCACCUGAGGUUGAAGUAGAUCGUUUAGAGUGUAUGGCCCAACGACAAUCCAGACAUGACACUGACGAAAAUGAAAUGGACAUUGUUCCAGACUACCAAGUCAGUGGUAGCAGCAGUGGAACCAUGUCAGCAAUCAUAGCACCAAAGCUGAGCCCAGACUUUGUCAGAAAAAUGUACCAAAGUCUGAAUGAAACCCAAGCAUCCAUAUUCUACGCAGUGCCUGAGUGGUGUUUCAAACUUGUGUGGGGUCACUGUCCUGAGCAGUUCUUUUAUUUUGUCUCUGGAGGAGCUGGCUGUGGAAAAUCACAUGUUAUCAAGUGCAUAUAUGAGGAGGCAACAAAGAUUUUGAACCAACUCCCCAGAUUCCGUGACCAAGCAGACAUGUCCUACCCUGCAGUACUGCUGACUGCAUUUACUGGCACUGCAGCUUUUAACAUAUCUGGGAAAACACUGCAGUCUCUGCUAAAGCUGCCAAAAUCUUUAAAACCGCCUUAUCAGGGACUGGGGAAUGCACUGGAUGAAGUGAGAGCUUCACUUUCAAAUGCAGAGAUCAUUGAUGAGAUAUCUAUGGUUUCUAAAGACCUUUUUGCCUACAUUCACUGGAGACUUCAGCAGAUCAAAGGAAACAAGAAGCCUUUUGGUGGGAUGUCUAUCCUUGCAGUAGGAGACUUUUACCAGCUGCCACCCCAUGGAAAAGUCAAACCACUCUGUGUGUACGAGGACAAUGUCCUUGAUCUCUGGAAAGACUAUUUUCACAUGGUCAACCUGACAUAAAUCAUGCGACAGAAAGAUGAUCAUUCUUUUGCUGAAGUUCUGAACAGGAUAAGAGUGAAGCAAAAAACAGAUUCUCUUGAAGCCAAUGAUAAAGCCUUGCUCACUCAGGCUAUCCAUGACCUAAAAGACUGUCCAUCUAAUGUAUUACACAUUUAUGCUACAAACAAAGAGGUCGACAAACACAAUUCAGCAACUGUAACUGCUCUUCAUUCUGAUAUCAUAAAUAUUCAGGCAGAAGACUACAGAAAAGACCCACGAACGGGUGAGAUGGUCCUCCUGGCAGAUAUGAUGAAAGGCAACAAAAGAGAUUUACCUGAUAACAUACAAGCUGCACCUGGAGUGCGUGUUAUGAUUAUUAGAAAUUUGGAUGUUGAAGAUGGGCUUGUUAAUGGGACAUUCGGAACAAUCAUGAACAUUGUGACAGCCACACAGGAUGGACCAAAAACUGUGAAUCUCAUUGGACUUGCGCUGGACAAUCAAAAUUCUGGGCAAAAAUUUCGCAGAAAAAUACAAGGAUCCUCAGACAACCUGGUAUAUAUUGAGAAAUGUGAAGAAUCCACAAGUAAAAAAGGAGUUCUUCGCAGGCAAUUUCCAAUGAAGUUGGCCUUUGCAUGUACAGCUCACAAAGUACAAGGCAUGACAAUGGAGUCAGCAGUAGUAUGCUUGAAGCGUGUUUUCGAACCUGGAAUGGCCUAUGUUGCACUCAGCCGCACAACCUCACUUAAAGGACUGUACAUCACAGACUUUGAUGAAAGGAAAAUCUAUGCUGAUCCUGCCAUCACAGAUGCACUCAAAAAUAUGAGACAUGCAUCAUUUGAGAAUGCAAGACCACUGUUGCAAUUCUUAAAAUCAGUAGUUCCCACAGUCCCCACGUUGACAAUUAUCCAUCACAAUGCACAAGGUCUCCCAACUCACAUGGAGGACAUGAGAUGCCACCAUGAACUCAGCCUUGCUGAUGUUUUAUGUAUCACAGAAACUCACUUGUCUGGAUCAUCUGUUUCUCCCUGCUUCCAGCUGGAACAAUACAACAUGGCCACACGCAACAGACACGUCUCUUACACAAACCAUACAGACAUGGCAAAGGUAAAUGGCGGUGGAGUUGCAAUGUACUACAAGACAAUUCUUACAGCAGAGUCUCGAAAAUACCUGCAAAAUGUGACUGACCUUGAAUUUGUUUUUGUCAAGGUUGAAUCACCAGUCACAGCUUUGAUAGCAACUGUAUACAGGCCGCCAAAUUACAACCACGUGAGGUUUUUACCACAAAUGCAAUGUCUUUUGGACUCAUUGGAAAUUAUGAAUUGCCAACCAAUUAUUGUUUGUGGAGACUUCAAUGAGGACCUUAUGAGCAGAGGAAAAAAACCCAUCCAAGAACUGUUUCAGUCAAGAGGAUAUGCACAACUUAUUACUGCUGCAACUACCGAAAAACACACAUUGAUUGAUCACCUUUACAUAUCACAGCCAUACGCCUGCCUCCAAUCAGGUGUUCUGAAUACAUAUCACAGUUAUCACAACCCCAUUUAUUCUGUAAUUCACUAACACAAAAUGACUGCAAGGUUGUGAGGGAUAUGGACUUGCCAAGUGUGGGCUGUGUCGCCCAUUCCUUUCUACCCUGUGUGAAUGAGGAUCUGCUGUCUCAGUGCAGCGUGACAAAGACCCUGCCCAAUGAAAGGAAGAUUGUAGGCCAUUUAAACACUCCCUAUUGGCCUACUGUUGCCUAGAAGUCAUACAGAUGGACCUAAAUAUGGAUAUCAACAUCUACAGCAAGAUGUACAGAACAGCAGCCUCUACAUGGUGCGAAGCCUACUGCAACAAAAACGUGAUCUUAGUGUCUUUGCAACUGAGCACACUCUACCAGCAACACUGACAGCUCACCAGUGGGAGCUGAUAGAUAAGACUGCUCUCAUCCAUUGAAGAGCUGACCAGAAACGUGAACAGAAAGACUGCAACUGCACCUGAUGGGAUCCCUGCCAUAACAGAUGUGUUCUGUCCAGUGAAGGCAGUGGAGAAGCCCUACACUGAUGUUGAAACUGUGCCACUCUUCUAGAAACCGGCUACAAGGAUGGGCAGCUGUUUUCACAAAGUCAGCCAACCUCUUGCUUCCAAAUGACCCUUAUCCAGAAGUAUCCGUGAGUGCCUCAUCAGCAGAAAGUAAAGUGGAGAACUACCUCUCAGAGAAAAACGCACACAUAAGAAAAGCGACCCACUUCAGUACUGGAAAGAACAUCCUAAUCUGUUUCCCUCUAUGGCUGCUGUUGCGAUCCCAGUGUGCCCCCUGUAGCUCUGUGGACAGUUUUUGAUUUGUUUACAUCUCACCCCAACCGGUCGCAGCAGAUGGCUG